AUGAUGUUCACACGUAACUUUCAUUUAUUUUUGUUCAUGUUUGGCCUUGCAAUCACGGUGUCUGUAUCUCACACAACCAACACCACCGGUGAUGCUGCCACCAUCACAAAAGCCACCAACGUCACCAAGCCUGGCUGCCAAAGCCAAUGUGGAAACGUGACCAUUCCGUAUCCAUUUGGGAUAGGUCCAGGCUGCUUUAUGAGCGACUGGUUCGAAAUGACCUGCAACACUAGUUUUAAUCCUCACAAGCCCUUCAUAGGCGGUGUGGAUAUCAUUGACAUAUCUGAUUCUACUUUCCGAGUCGCUAACACAGUGGCAAGCAAAUGUUAUGAUCAGAAUGGAAGUGUCAUAGAAGAUCAUCCUGCGCAGUUAAGUCUUGGUUGGACAUCACCUUUCACGUUUUCGCAACAAAAUCAAUUCACUUUGAUUGGAUGUGAUGAUUUCGCCUUAUUUUUAGGACCUGAACAAGUAAAUUUCACCAGUGGAUGCAUUGCGUUGUGUACAAGACCUGAGGACGUUGUGAAUGGGUCCUGUAGCGGUGUUGGGUGUUGUCAAACGUCCAUCCCAAAGGGAAUGAAGUACUACUACACUUCUGUUUAUAGCAUGUAUGCAAACCACACAAGUAUCUGGUCUUUUGAUCCUUGUACCUACUCGUUCUUGGGGGAAAAAGAACGGUUUACAUUCAAUGGGGUGUCAGAUUUUAUGGACCCAAAUUUCAGGAAUCGGACCAGGGCUAGUGUUCCAGUAUUGGUGGAUUGGGUGAUCGGUAACUUGAGCUGCAGCGAGGCUACAAGUGCUGGUGUCUUGGGUUGUCAAGCAAAUACUGAGUGCAUUGAUUCUGAUACUGGGGUUCCAGGAUACAGAUGCAGUUGCAAUCAAGGUUAUCAGGGCCAGCCAUAUCUUGAUCCAGGCUGCCAAGAUAUCAAUGAAUGUGAAGAUCCCAACAGUAAUCCCUGUGAGGGGAUUUGUACUAAUACUCCUGGAGGCUUUACGUGUUCCUGCCCACAAGGCUAUGUUGGAGAUGGCCUGAAAACCGGACGAGCUUGUGUUCCUGAAAAUUCACAGUUCCCCGUUAUCAAGUUCUCUCUAGGUUUGGGGUUUGGUUUCUUGGUUGUUUUAGUUGGAAUAACAUGGUUGUAUUUUGGUGUCAAGAAGAGGAAGCUUAUCAAACUUCGAGAGAAGUUGUUUCAACAAAAUGGUGGUUUGCUACUGAAACAACGAAUCAUGAGCAACGAGGUCAGUGUCGACUCAACAAAAGUAUUUACUGCUGAGGAGUUGGAGAAAGCCACCAACAAUUACGCAGAAGACAGGAUUUUGGGCCAAGGUGGUUACGGAAUUGUAUAUAAAGGUAUUCUUAGUGACCAACGAGUCGUAGCAAUCAAGAAGUCUCGGGUAAUGGAUGAGACCCAACUAGAACAAUUCAUCAAUGAAGUGGUAAUCUUAACACAAGUUAACCAUCGGAACGUAGUGAAGCUCUUGGGAUGCUGCUUAGAGAGCGAAGUUCCAUUGCUCAUAUAUGAAUAUGUCUCCAACGGAACUCUCUUCAAUCAUAUUCAUGGUAAAGGCGCCAUGACUUGGUUAUCUUGGGAGAAUCGUUUAAGAGUAGCAGCUGAAUCUGCUGGUGCACUUUCUUAUCUUCAUUCAGCUGCAUCCACGCCUGUCAUUCAUAGGGAUAUCAAGUCUGCAAACAUAUUACUAGACGAUAAUUACACGACGAAGAUUGCAGAUUUUGGAGCUUCAAGGUUAAUCCCAAUAGAUCAAACACAAGUAACUACCCUUGUCCAAGGGACACUAGGGUAUUUAGAUCCUGAAUACUUCAACACAAGUCAACUAAAUGAGAAGAGUGAUGUUUAUAGCUUUGGGGUUUUGCUUGCUGAGUUUCUAACCGGGAAAAAACCUCUGUGCAUGGACAGACCCGACCAUGAAAGAAAUCUGGCUACAUAUUUCCUUGUGUCACUAAAAGAGAACCGUUUGUUUCAGAUUCUUGAGCCUAGAGUUGUAAAGGAAGGUACCCUCGAGCAACUUCAAGAAAUUGCUCAACUUGUGAAAAGAUGCCUUAACCUUACGGGCGAUGAGAGACCUACGAUGAAAGAAGUGGCAAUUCAACUCGAAGGAUUACGUAAGUUCACUCAACAUCCAUGGGCAAGUCGACAUGAUGAUGAAGAGAAUGCAAACUUGUUAAACAUAGAGACCGAACCAUCCGACCUUUAUCCAGCAUCAAUAAACCCCUACUCCAGUACCGGGGAACUCUCUUCGGGCUUUAGUAUCGAUACUAAUCUCAUAUAUCCUCCAAAUAUUCCCAGAUAAUACGAUUUGUUACUAUAUGAACGUUGGAGGCUCAUCAAAUCGAUUUGUUAUGUCCAAGUAUAAACCUUUAAAUAGUAUUGUAUUUCAGUUUGUGUUUGAC